AGAUCGCCCUGUGCCCCAACAACCACGAGGUGCACAUCUACCGCAAGGACGGGGCCAAGUGGAGCAAAGUCCACGAGCUGAAGGAGCACAACGGGCAGGUGACAGGCAUCGACUGGGCCCCUGAGAGCAACCGGCUGGUGACAUGCGGGACCGACCGCAAUGCCUACGUCUGGACCCUGAAAGGCAACGUCUGGAAACCCACCCUGGUCAUCCUGCGGAUCAACCGGGCCGCCCGCUGCGUCAAGUGGUCCCCCAAAGAGAACAAGUUUGCCGUGGGCAGCGGCUCCCGGCUCAUCUCCAUCUGCUACUUUGAGCAGGAGAACGACUGGUGGGUUUGCAAGCACAUCAAGAAGCCCAUCCGCUCGACGGUGCUGAGCCUCGACUG